GUGUUUUUCGAAAAUUUCAAUGGUCGGCAAAAGUAAAAAGAAACGAAAUAGCAAAGACUCUACGUCGAGCAACGCGGGAAGUGGCGAAGGCGAUGAUAAGAAAAAGAAGGAAGGUGUUGGUGGCACUAAGAAAAAAGGUGGUGUGGGCAAGUCCAUUGGCUGUGAUAUAUUUAAUGAUGCCGCAAUGGAGAAUGCCUACUAUGUGUGCCACAAUGUGCAGGACGUGCUAAAAACUCGUGGAUUUCCUUGGCCGGAUGGACAAAAGAAGAAGAAAAAGGGCAAGCGUUGAAAAACACUUUCAAAUAUAAAUAUGAUUCGAGUAUGAC